UUUGCCCCGAGCAAACUCAACAAGUCAGGAGAGAAGUCAGAAAUUCCGACAUUCAGAAUUGGAUAGACCGCCCUCUUGCUUGUUGAAGCAGCCGCUGGUAGUGUAUGAGAAAUACAGAAACAUUGCAAUUAAACUUUCUGCAAUUUCAAUUGGGACAAUUAAGGUUUCUUCUUGUUUGCCAGCCCCAGCCAGCAUCAUUAACAUUGCCCUCAGCAAAUGGAAACCACAUGGAGGGGACAUAACUUGGAUUGAAUCUUCAACCAGGGUUCAAACAAGGUCAUCUCAUUCUUGCAUCGUUCACACACAACUAUGGGCUCAGAGAGCAUUAUUUGCCAAGCCAUUCAGAAGCGAGUGUCAAUGAGAUUCAAAGUGUAUUUAUAAAGCUAACAAGACGUUAGCGUUCAAUAGACUCAUCUGUGACACUUUAAUCGGUAUUGUUGAAGCUUCUGUCUGCUCGGGACGUCUCUCAAAUCGAAUCGGCAAUCUACUGGUAGAGGAACAAAUACUGGAGUCAAUAUGAGGAGGCCGGAGUAUCAACGAUCGAAUAGUUGGUCCUAUUCCAGUAGACCUCCAGGUAGCCCAAUGAGAACUGUUACAGCAGGCCAAUCCGGAGUCACCAUGGCCUUCCAUCUGACCAUAGAGAACUGGCUCAAGGCCCUGGAGCUGGAGCAGUAUGUGCCUAUGUUCCUGCAGUACCAGGCCGUUGAGAAUAUUCUGCAUCUCUCAGAGCGACAUCUGUCUGAGAUAGGAGUGACCAACUCAGCGCAUCGUGCCCGACUGGCAUCGAACCUGGUGUACAUCAGGGAGAAGCUCAAGCGGACCAGUAUUGCAGGAAGUCCUUUGAGCACCUUCACGCAACCCAGGCCGAGGUCGUCAAUAGGUGGCUCUCCGUACAGUUCACCGAAUCCAUCACCGUCAACAAAGACAAGCUUUCGAUAUAGCACUAUACCAGAGGGAGUAACAACAGAGCUUCCUCCGUCCCCAAGUUACCUCAAGAUGGACCUGUAUGACACAUCCCCCGAGGAGCUCCGCAAAGAACUGGAAUCCGAGCUCAAACUCCCAAAUGAUGACAUUCGCAGCCACGCGUGGUUCCACGGAGGAAUCAGCCGCGACAAAGUAGAGAAACUCCUGGUCAGUGACGGCGACUUCCUCAUACGGGACUCAAUCUCGCAGCCCGGGAACUAUGUCCUGUCGGUGAGGUGGCGUAGCGCCCCCAUGCACUUUGUCAUCAAUAGGGUGAUACUUCAAGCCAAUUCGCCGUACGCUUCGGUGCAGUAUCAAUUCGAGAAGGAAUGUUUUGACUCGAUCCCGUCUUUAGUGAGAUUCUACAUCGGGAAUGCCCGACCGAUCUCGCAAACGUCGGGGGCGGUGAUCCGCCAGCCGAUCAAUCGAUCGGUGCCUUUGAGUUUCAUCGACAGCAAGUACGCCGCGAUAAAUCGGUCGCAAGCGAGUGCGUACACGUACGGAGUCUUACCGAGGAGGGUCGUCACGCCAAGACUUACCCUCAAACAGGAUAGCUUUCGUCAACGAUCAGGAAGCCAGCCUUCAGUUCGGAUGUCUGUUGUGGACAACGCGGCGUUAGGAAGAUCAGAAAGUUCCCCAACAAUAAACGGACCGGUUAAUGGAUUCGGGAUGCCAGAAGUGGGCUCUACGAACGAACACAAACCUCUCGGUCGGACGGGUAGCGAACCCAUAUUGGAGUCGCCCGAUAGGGACUAUGCACAGCCAACAACACCCAGCGAGGGAUCGACCAAAACAAUCGAAGUUGCACCCCCUCUGCCACCCAUGAGGAAUAAAACGCCUAGUCAAAAUGUAACCAACGGGAACAUUGCCCCGCCGGUAGAGCCACCCAAAGUAUCAAACAGCAGUUUUGAUUCGCCGAGCAUGUUCAUCAACGACCAUGUCUACAGUGAAAUAGAACAGUAUGAUCCCCUUCCGGUAAGGUUCUCCGUGCUCCACGAUAAAUCAAACGAUAAACCCGCAGUGGUUGAGGAAAACGGUAACGAAGUUGAACCCGAAUUGAAACCGCGGAAGCGGCACUCGGACACGAGGAACUCAGUACUUGAUGCGGACUACUCCAAAGUGGCAGAGAACGACAAGGAUGUGGAGGAUAAACUUGAGAAACUGGUCACCCCUUUGCCACAGGUGGAAGAGUCCUCUUGUAUACUGUUGUCGAGUUUUAAAACAACACUCAUGGGGGAUGACAACAAACCCUUGGAAGGAACUAUUUUAGCCGAGGGGAAGCAAAGAAUUCUAGACACGGACCCUGUUGUUCUUGCCAAGCAUAUCACAAAGCUUGAUUUUGAGAUGAGUCGGAUAACAGACACAACAAAAAAGCAGCCUGGUCUUGAGGUCAUCACAUUACCACAGGGGGCGCAAAUAAGAAGAGAUCUGUUAGAAAGGUAUAACUGUCUAAAGACGUGGUGUGCCGUGAGCGUGUUGACGUGUAGUGAUCCCAACCAGAGGAUACGAAUGUUAAAUCAAUGGAUCCAGGUUGCUGAGGCCUUAAAAGGAACCAUUGGGAAUCUAUUCAGCUUCACAGCCGUCAUGGACGGCCUGGGUUGUAAACAGUUGAGACAACUGAAAUUAUCGUGGGAGCUCCUGAGGAAGAACCACACCAGCAGUGCCCUCAACUACGAGACGAAACUACGCUCGCUGCUCAAGUCGUUGAACGCCGGGGAGAAUGCGAUCCCCCUGACCAAAACGAGUAUCCCACACAUAGUGCCUGUCAUGCAAUUGCUGGAGAGAGAUUGGACUAUGCUCGGCAGUACGGACUGGAGUCAACCAGCCACUAAGGAGACUCUGGAGGUCUUACCGACGGGGGAGUCGUGGGAAGAAUCCACCACGGGCUUUGGGCUGGACUCGCUCCUGAACCAUUUACAGAACGCCCACAUGUUCUGCCAGCAGACUAAUCUCUACCGUAUCAACGCCAACUCAAAGCUGAUGAAAUUCUUGCCCCAGGAUGAGAUUCUGGACUCAUGCCGGCCGGAGUUCCACAUGAGACUGUUGUGGGGCAGCAAGGGGGCCACAGUGGGGGCAGCCGAGAGGUAUGAGAAAUUCGACAAGAUUCUGUCCGUCAUGGCGGAGAAGAUCGAAACGAUCGGGCCGAGCGUGUGACGUAUGAAGCAUCAGUACUUUAGUGUGUGUGUUAUUAUAUCAAGGCCAUGUCCGAAACAGCGACCUCAACUUUACCUACGGUCAGAUCGCGUGUGUCUGCCUAUCCUUUAAUAAUAAUAAUAAUAAUAAUAAUAAUAAUAAUAAUAUCACAGCAUUUAUAAGGCGCGCUUUAUCUGUGAAACAUUCAAAGGUGCCGGUCUGAAAGGAAAGAAAAAAACCCAAGUUCAUGAAAAGGCCUGCUGGAAAAGAUAUGUUUGAAGUUGCCGCUGGAAGAGAGAGAUGUUGUGUGUUUCUCUGAUGUGAACAGGUAAGCUGUUCCAGUGCACAGGGGGCAAUACAGGAAAAGGCCCUGUCCCCGUAGCUGGCUAAAGCAGGUACGAGGAACAAAGAGCCUGUUGCCUGAUGCUCUUUAACACUGACCGAGGGGCUAAUCUAGCUGUAGCCGAAGUCGACGUUUCGGACACGACCGAAUGUCAACUAAAAAAAAUCUCUGUGGAUUUAAAUCAACGUCAGCAAAUUAAGAUAUAAACCUACUAUCAUAGAGUUAUAUACAAGAACUAGAGGGCACACUGGCCUAUACACGCGCCCCGGCAUGCGAGCAUGCGGCCAUUUUCUAAGUUGACAAAACCGCAUCGCACAGCAUAUGUUAGUGGGGCCUAUUUGUAAGUUGACAAAACAGCAUCGCGUAGCGUUCAAUAAACACAAGCUCGAACGUAUACUUCAUAUUUAACGCGCAAACAGAAUGGCGCGCGUGUCUCCUUGCGGUCCCGUCGCGUUUGUGCAAGCAGCAUCACCAGUGCACCCUCUAGUUCUUAUUAUAUAACUCUAUGCCUACUACAGACCUCCGUCGUCGGAUAUUCUGUACGAACUAAAUGAUAAUGAUAGCACUUCAGUGGUGUGUUGAAAUGGAUCAGACUAUUUUUCUUCUUCAGAGUCUUGUGUUGAUUUCAUUUGAAAUAAUAUAAGGAAGAAAACAGACUAUGAAAAUGAAACUAUUGGAGGCAGCUUCAUAGAGUACCAUUACAGGGUAGAGUGUACUUGUACUUCUGCAACCCCUCCCCCCCCCCUUAUCCCUUAAGAAACACCCAGAAAAGAAAAGAAAAUGAGCAACAGAUGUCUCUAAAAUUGUACAAUAUUGUACAAAUUAAACAAUAUUUAUUUUCCUCAUCUGGUUAAAAUUGUCCAUAUUGUGUGAUUUAGAAUGUAAAUAUAAAAGCACAAAAAUGAAAGAUAAUUAUAUAUAAUAAGCAUAUAUGUUUAUUUUCAGAACCUUAUUUUCAUUGGAGGUUUGAAUCAAACCUGGAACCGCUUUUUAUUUUGUCUAUUAAAGAAAUAGAUUUUAUUUUAAUUUAUUUUAUCCACAAGGCAAGGUCCCAAAUUGUGUAUGUAUCUUCCUUCACAAAAUUUAAGAUAUUAAGAUUUGUCUCUUUUUUUGAUGCAGAUAAAUCUCAAACAAAAUAUACAAAACCCUUGAACUACUUACCAUUUGAUUUUUCGGGUUGAAGAAUUGACUAGAGUGGGAUUCGAACCUACGACCUCCGGAUUAAAGUGCCGGCACUCUACCAACUGAGCUAUCUA